AGUGUGACCUCUUCCUUAGAGGGAUGCAGGAGGAGACAGACGCACACCACAACUUUAAAGGGUUAAUUUCUGUCCUGCCAUUCAAUUGCAACCAACUUUCCAGUGAUUGAAAGAAAUGAAAUGAUUUUCAGUUAACGGCUGGCUCAUUUGCGGUGCAAGGCUCUUCACUGUGUGAUGUCGGGACCCUAAGACGCACCAUAGAACACACAGUGCAGCCAUUUAAUGAAUGAAAUGCAAUGAAAACCAGACAACACAUUUUGAGCUUUAAGAACACCAAGACCGGGCAGCAGAGGACCACAGACAUCAGCCCACACCAUCAUGGACGAAACCGACUUUUCAGAAGAUAUGACUUAUAAGCAACAGGAGGACCUGCCUUAUGAUGGGGACUUCUCCCAGAUGAAGAUGUGCACUUCUUACAACUUUACCAUAUCAAAUGACACCUCUCCUGUCUCAGCAGAAGUUGUUCUGGCAGGAGAAGACCCUCAGGAAGUGGCUUCUAACUGUGAGGUGCGCCAGGACACAGCUCUGCUGGCAACUUGGGAUAAGAUGACUGAACAUGUCAGCAACAGGCAUGAUAAAGAUAAGCAAUGCGCCCUGGCUUCUCCUGUUCCAGCUGAUAAAGAAGAUACCUCAAAGUCCCAUGUCUCAGAUAUUUUACUCCAUCAUCUCUCCGGAGAGCAAUUCUUCAGGGGUCCAGGCGCUGGCUAUGAAGCUCUCCCAGAGACCUUGACUGCUGAGAGUCUUGAAGACUCAGAUACUCUUACAAAUAUCAUUUCAUGUUAUGCAAAAAAAUAUUACUUCAAAGAACAAACCCCAGAAUUCACUGGCCAGCCCAGUCCACAAAAUAGUUCAGCAAAUAGCAGCAAGCCCUGUUGCUCCCCUGGCACAGAAGGAGAAAACGCCUCUCCCUUAGAAGAAGCAGUGGCUGCUGGGAAGAGCACCCAUCAGGAAGAUCCAAGCUUUCUAACCAGGACUAAAGGUCCAGGUGAUAAAUAUAAAAGCUGCCUGAGGCAGACACCCCAGAGACAGCUGCCCGACAAAGCAAAUUCAGGCGACUGGCUCAGAUACAGCCAGGCUCAAGUGCACUACCAGUUUCCAGAUUUUCCUAAGGUUUCUCCCAAAGGGAAACUGUCUAGGAAUACUAUAACUAACAAACCACUUACCAUAGCUAACGAAGGCGGCCAUUCUCCUAGGUUGACUAGUAAAUCAACCGUUGUGCAAGAUAAUUUAGGAACCACGUCUGUGUCAAAUCGUGUUGAAAAACAACAGGAGCAGAAAUGGAAAUUUCCUGAACCUUUGCAACAAAUACAGGUGCAGCCUGCCACACACACCUGCCAAGAACCUCUCACAGGGCUUGAACCUGAGAAAUGUUGCUUGAAUUUGACACCAACACCUCAAAAAGAUCCUUUCUCAAAUUCUUACAUAUUUCAAAAGAUCUCCCAUGGAAAACAGAUGUGCCAGAAACUGAAAGAACAGACUGACCAACUGAAGAAUAAGGUACAAGAAUUUUCCAAAAGAAUAAAACAGGACUCUCUCUGCCAUUUGCAAGACAAAAGACUGAUGAACAAGGCACAUGCUGGCUGUCUUCCAGGGCCCUGGGGCUCCCGAGGAAGUGAGGUGACAGGGCUGCCGAGGGGAGGGCCACAGGAGGCCACCUCUAAGGAGCUCAGUGAACUGGCCCUGAAGAUGAAACAGAAAAUGGAGAAAAGGGGCCACAGAAGAACUAACUGUGGGAAGUUUUCCAGUAGCAUCCAUGAAAAAACACCACCCCAAGACUCGGCUCUCGGUACUGAUCCAGGACCCAACUUUUGUCCUGAUCCUGGCACUGGGCUACAGAGUAACAAAUGUGAAGCCUAUGGAAGCAAGACUCAGAACUCCCAGAGAGUCUGUGAGGAAGACCCACCAAAAGAAUUUUAUUAUAGAUAUGACACUCCAGGACAAGAUGACUUAAAUCAUGGUGGAGGAUAUAUCUUUGUCCAGCCUCACUUCUUACAUGAAAAUAAAAUCUCUGCAUCUUCUUGGUCAAAAGCAAAAUGGAUCUGGUCCUGGAGAGUGAACUCAGAACCCGUUCAAGAUGAGCCCGAUCCUGCAGCAGGAAAAUAUCCCAAGACUUAUCUGACCUCUACCUCAGACCUUGCAACACCCUCACCCCACCUCUGCUGCCUGGGGAUUCCUAGAAUCCAGUCCUUAUGUCCCAGUAAUAACAUGGAAGAAAUGGAAUCUAAGAUUUUAAACUCGCCCUUGGAGCAUGCCUUAAGGACAGCAACCAUAUUGAAAAAAAACACUGACCAAAUGAUUAAAUCCAUUGCAGAAGACCUCGCCAAGGCACAAGGAUGGAGACACCAGCUAAGAUACUACUAACUCAAUCCUGAGCAACCAAGGGUUAAAAUGUUUGAUCAUCUCCAAAAUAUUUUACUUAUGAGAUAAUGUAGGAAGAUGGUUUUCUAGAGAAAACGCUAAAACUUUAAGAAAUGAGUUAUACGAAGUGCUUAAAUGGAGAAAAAAAAAAAAGCAAAACAAGCCCUCUGGUAUUUAUGUCUUUAUGUGAAAAUAAAUCUAUGUUCUUCCUAAUUCAUAAUAAAAUUAAAAUAAUAAAACAAAUACUUUUUUAUUUUUUUCUAUUU